AUGGAGAGUAAGGUCAUGGAUGGUCUUGCUGUGAAAACGGAGAAGGUCGAAGUACUGGGCUUAGUCUCAGAUAUCAUUGAUACCAAGGACUCGAUGAUUACUAUCACAGUUCGGAAGCAUUUAGCUGAAAAGUUUCGUCCUGUAUUUGUUAUGCUUCACCGACUGGAGGGUGUUUCGCCUCAAAACUCUGAUCUAAAACAAGGGGGAGAAGGUGGAUCUGGAGUGUCAAGAAAUGAACCUCCUAAAGACCUAGCCAAACCUAUUGUCCAGAAAUAUCCUAAGGGCAAGGAAAAACUGAUUGGUCAAGAGACCAUAAUUGACAAUGACGAAGAUGAAGAGCCUGAUGAAGCUAAGCUUAAAAGGUUGAAGGCUUGUGAUGCAAAGUUAAAUGAAAAUCAACGUAUCGUCAAUGAGGCUGAGGAGAAAGAAAGGGAUGAAAAAAGAAGCUCAAGCUACACUCAAAAGCAAAAUGCUCUUAUUUCCCAAGUGGACCCUGAAGCGAAUCCAACAUGA